AUGAAUGGGUCUGUUGCAUCCAUCUGUGCCAUUACGCUUAAUAGAAAGUUCUCGCUUCAGGAAUGUAUCGCUGGCAGUUUGGCUUGCACGAAACUCGUCGAUUAUUCCACCAAAACGUUCUCAAAAUCAUGCCAACAAUUCAACUGUACGGUAAGUCAGGAGAAAUAUUUUCUGUCCUCUAAGUGCCUGAUGAACUGUUUAACGAAUUUAUACACCAAAUGUUUGAAAGGUAAUGGCUUCUUGGGUAAGUUUCAGCCAUUCUCUGAACCAGUGCUUCCCUCCCCCACUUCCCUUACACUACACUGA